GCGGCUGAGCCCGGUAGCUGGAGCCCGGCAGCCUGGACGACCGCCUCUGAUGGGGUGGGGGUGGCGGGUGCAGGAAAGUCCACUCAGAACCUCCGUGGUGCUGCAGGGUUGUCUGGAGCCCACUGCACUGGGGUAGCUCAGGAAAGAGGAAGAAACGCAAACGCCUCAGCCUGCGGCAAAUGCAUCCUCCCAAAUUCCUCCUCCGCUCUGGCUGACUAUGCAGAUAGUGCAAACUUGACCUACAAACUCCGAAACACGGGGAAAUCAGAAUGCGCUCCCUGCCACCUUGCUGCUCCAUCAGGCACGGCCAGCACGGUGGCGCCCUGCCGUCCCUCCGCACACACGUCAGAAGGAAGGGGCCUGGAAGGACAAGUUCUGAAGUGUAGGCCGGUGUUGUGAUUGCUGGUUGGUUUGGCCUCUCGGCUCCAGAGCAGAACAUGAAUAAAAGCCUCACUCUUAAGAAUCCUGGAAGAGUAGCAUACGAUUCAGGCGGGAUAAAGAUGUUUUGGGAGAAAAAAAUCGAGCAUCACGCAAGACACCUGCAGAACGAGGACAUGAGGGUUCGCAGAAGCGCUCUGAACAAGCUCCGCGUGGGAUGGGCUGAGCAGCUGGAGGGGAGGAACAAGAUGCUGCAGGGCCCAGGGAGAUGCCCAGACAGGGUCCCGGAGGCCACUGAGUCCCUCCACACCAAGGACAAGAAGGCGGCCUGAGGGCCAACGAGCUCCAGACUCUGCAUGAGCUUCCGGAGGGUCAUGGAGAAGGAACACCACGCGUGGGGUCCAAGCAUCCACGCCAGAGUUCACAGGAUCUUCAUCAUGGAAAUGGCCCGCACCUCGCUGACCCCGUAAUAAUCCCACCUCGGGGUCCAUGCUGCAGCAGAGUCCCAGGGUUCUCUAGCGCAUCUCUGGUGCCCAAUAAAACCUAAGUCAAUUGGAUUGAAUGUUUCGUGCUAAAUUUUCUUCCUGUCUUUAAGGUUUCUAC